ACGAAUUGGGCACAGGCCAGGAUCAUGUCUAGUCGAUAAUAAAGAUCGCCACAACGUUGUAAUCGUAGCUUAACUCACUCUUGAUCAAUAUAGUUUCGAUACCUAAACUGUCAAUAGACAUCAUCAGGAGUCAUUUCAAAAAUUCUUCAUCACCGCGGAUAGCCCAAGUCUCUUCAACGCGGUGACUUCAUCAACAUAACCUCAAAAGCGGCACGUAACCAGCACACAAUUUUGCUGUCAGAAUACUUCCAAGAUACACGUGGUUUUGAGAAUUCGCAUUCCUGGGUGUAUGGCGGAUAAAAAGGGCAUCUGCAGGCGCUCAAAUACCUCAGCGAAGCAAUCCCACAAUGAGUUUCAACGGGUCUAAGGAUCUCGUCGAGGAGGGUGACGUAGUGAUCUUAUAUAUUGCGCCAUCCAACAUGCAUUCCUUGGAAGUGACUCCGAAGACAUUGAAUAAGAAAGGCAUUUUGGUUGAAAAUGUAUUUCAAACUGUUUACGGAGCUCUCAAAGUUGCCUCUUUGGUUGGCGCUAAAUACGGUGCCAAGGUGGACCUAUCAAGGGGGUGGGCCUACGUCUUACAGCCUACUUCAGACCUCUGGACAUUGACUCUGCCGCAUAGGACUCAAAUAAUUUAUACACCAGACAUUAGUAACAUAGUUUACCUGAUGGAACUCGAACCUGGAGACACUGUGAUAGAAACAGGAACGGGAAGUGGUUCCUUGUCUCAUGCUUUGAUCAAUGCAAUAAAACCUCACGGUCAUUUGUACACCUUUGAUUUUCACGAACAACGAGUAUCUGUGGCUGACAUCGAGUUUAAAAAGCAUGGAUUAGAACGCUACGUUACUGUCGAACAGAGAGACGUUUGUCAGACAGGAUUCGGAGAUGCAUUAGAAGGCAAAGCCAAUGCUAUAUUUCUUGACUUACCACAUCCAUGGUUAACCAUUGAACAUGCAACGAGAUGUUUUCAGAAAUCAGGUGGUAGACUCUGUUCCUUUUCGCCAUGCAUAGAACAGGUUCAAAGAACAUGUGAAAAACUCAUGUCUGCUGGAUUUAUAGAAAUAAAAACAAUCGAGUGUCUGCAACGGGAAUUGACUGUACAGUACAAAACUGUACCAGUAUUGAAACUAGAAUGUUUAAAAAGCAAGCAUACCGAUGAUAACAGAAACGAAAAUAAUGGCAAAGAGGUGGGAGGACUGGAAAGAUUAGUAACUGUUUCGCACGCGCACUCGCUGCCAGGGCACACUGGAUACAUUACGAUUGCUACGCUGCCGCCAAUCGGAAGAAGGAGUUGUUAGUUAACCGACAAUAAAUAUUUCCUUUGAUAAUAACACCA